AUGGACUGUAACAUUUUCGAUCCAGUUGAAUUACCUUGCGGUCGUACUGUUGAGAACAGACUGGUCAAGGUAGUAGCCAUGUAUGAGCACAUGUCAAAUUUCUCUGGUGGUUCACCAAACGAAUUCCACUAUGGCUUGUACUCUGAAUGGGCUAAGCAUGGAUGGGGAAUGGUUCUCACUGGAAACGUACAGGUUUCACCUCAGCAUCUGACCUUGGGCCGUGACAUCGUUGUACCCGCCACACUCAAUGCGGAGGACCUCAAACCGUUCGAGAGGUUGGCGGAAGUCAUCCAUGGAGGCGUUGAUGGCGCACGCUCUCUGGCUAUCAUGCAGCUGUCGCAUGCUGGACGGCAAUCAGCGAGAUUUAUUGGUGGUCGAUCCCCUUUUGUUGCACCGCUGGCCCCAAGUCCUGUCCGUGUUGGGGCAGGGAAUCCUGGAGCUGUAAGGGACGUAAUCGCUGAUUUCGUGUUUCAUACGUUGUUCCAAGCUCCUACGGAGAUGACCACACAAGACAUUCUCCAUGUUCAAUCCAGCUUCGUGCGAGGUUCUCUCUUGGCGUACGAAUCAGGCUUCGAUGGUGUCCAGGUUCAUGCUGCUCAUGGAUAUUUACUGGCGCAGUUUAUGAACCCUAAGAGUAAUAUCCGGAAUGACGAGUAUUCAGCGGCACCGGAAAAUAACAUUCGCAUGCUGCAUGAGAUAGUUGAAGCUAUCCGCAAGGUGGUACCGACUACUUUCAUCAUCGGAAUCAAAAUCAAUUCGGCUGACUACGUGGCUUCCGGGAGCACCGAAGAAGUAUCUCAGCAAGGCGAACAGUGUAUUCUGGAUCACAUUCGCACCAUUUCAAGCUGGGGUAUCAUCGACUUCAUCGAGAUUAGCGGUGGCGAUUACGAAAAGCCUGAUUUUAUGGCGUCCGUUGGAUCUCAGCAAUCAGAGCGCCAGGCCUUCUUUGCGCAAUUCUCCCAGACAGUCAUGAAGGACCUUCACCGAUCGCCUACCCCCUUCUCUUCGAUCCCACUCGUUCUACUAACUGGCGGCCUCCGUUCGCAUUCACACCUACAAACUGCCUUAGUGUCGGGGCAUGCUGACUUACUAGGCAUCGGGAGAGGCGCAGUCCUCUGUCCCGACCUGCCCAAGAUUCUUCGAUCACAGCUUCAUAAUAGUAAAUCCCCUAGCACUUGGGCUGACAGACCAUUUGCGCACGAACCAGCUGCAGUUCUUGGAGCUUCUAAAUGGUUACCGAACGUGAAGCUCGUUGGUGCUGGCUUUGGGAGUGCCUGGUAUAUCAUUAGAAUGAGGGAUAUUGCCGUCUCCCAGAUCAAGAACCCCGGAGCAGAGCCACCGCCCUUGGACUACGACCAAGGAGGAUUGUUUGCUUUUUUCAAGAUGUGGGCUUGGUUUGACUUUGGAAGAGCUACGGUCUGGAUCCUAGGAAUAUCCACGGCGCUUGUGGUCGGGUUUUUUUGCUAUCACUAA